AGCGCUCCCUUCAACCGCCUCCAAGCAAUAAUAAUAGUGAAAUCCCAGAACCAAACAAGACAAGACAAGGUCAGGUGUCCGAUUGGAUCCGUCCAUCUCGCAUCAGCUCGAUCCGCCAUCAUCUAUCUCCUGGCUCUAGCGAAGCUAACUGAACUCUGAACUGGUUGUGCUCUGCCCUGCUUGAAUGAAUGUAGAGCCAGCAGUGUCACAGUAGACCUGUUGAGCUGUUGUGAUUGUAUCUUCUACUACUAGUAUUAAAACCAACGCUACGAUACGCUUGUGUGGAGUGGCUGUGAUACCCCUGAGCCUGUGGUUGUCUGGAAGACUUCUUUUGUUGCUACUAGUGCCAUAUCCGUUGGAUUGUGGUGCAAUUCCUACGACAAGUGCUACCUGUGCAUCUACUAGUUCUAGCUGUGAGGCAUUUGCAAUGGCCAAGGACCAGUUGGUCUUUGACAAGGUGCAUGGUCCCUUGUUUGGAGAAGUGACCGAGACGUCGGUGGUGGUCUGGUAUCGCGAUGAACUGGGAGUACAGUUUCCUCCCGUCUUGACCGUUUGGAAAGAUGACGACGACCCCGAAGACGACACGACCAAGAUUAAACUGAAACUCCAUCCGAUGGAUCCAAAUGCCGAUUUCACGUCCAAAACGACCUUGACGGGUCUCACACCGGCGACGUUGUAUGUAUACGAAAUUGGAGAUCGCUACGGAUCCUUCAAGACGAGUGGCAGUAAGAGUGUUCAUUUUGUAUUUGGAUCUUGUAUUGGAGGACAGGGGUACGGCCGGUACACACCCGAGCAUCCCGAUGGACCCGGAUUUCCCAUUUUCAAGGCCAUGGCCAAGUUGGAACCAGAUUUCAUCCAAAUACAGGGCGAUUUCAUUUAUGCGGAUAACCCCAUUCACAAGGUCUCUCCGGUACCAUUCUUUCAAGGACAAACCUUUCAGACGCCCAACAAUGUCGACGUCCUCGAAGUCGCCACCGACUUGGAGUCCUUCCGGGCACGGUACAAGUACAAUCUCGAAGACGAAGCACUGGGAGAUUUUUUACGCAAUACCGUUGUCUUUAAUACAUGGGACGAUCACGAAAUUUUUGAUGAUUUUGGACAAGAUCGACUCAAAAGUCAAGGCAAAGAAGAUCUAUAUCAACACGGCGAACGCGUCUUUCACGAAUACUGGCCGUUCGAAGGACCACCCGAAGAACCCAAAAGAAUAUACCGCAAGGCGAAAUUUGGAAUUCACGCCGAAUUGUUUGUGCUCGAUACUCGAUCCUACCGUGCAUUGCACGAAGAACACGAUCCCGGUGUGACACCCACCAUGAAACACAUUCUAGGCCCGGAGCAAAAACAAUGGUUACUCGAUGCCCUGCGGGAUUCGACAACCACGUGGAAAUUCAUUUGUACCAGUGUCCCACUCGCGUAUCCGACGGGAUGGCCCCGUCCCGCCGAAACCGGAUACGACGGAUGGUCCGAUGGCAGUGAUGUCAGUAUGGGAGGACCCGAAUUGGAAUUGCAAGAAGUACUCUAUUUUAUUCAACAAAAUCAGAUUCACAAUGUCAUGUUCAUUUCCGGGGAUGUCCAUUUUCCCUUUGCCAUUUCCUACGAUCCCUUUGAGCAGGGGACACCGCUGUUUUACGAAAUUGGAUCGACACCCUUUCAUGCCCUCUGUUUGCCCGUGCCGGAAAAAGGACCCGACAAGUCGUUCAACCCCACAACUCUCUAUGCCGAUGGAAAAUUUGCCGAUCAAUCCUUUCUCAACUUUGGACAGGUCAAAAUUGAUGAGACGGGGGAGUUGGAGUUUCAUUUACGAAAUGUACACGGAGAUUCCAUGUACGAACUCAAGUUGACACCCAAGGGUGUUUGUCAGUAGAACAGAACGAAAAAGAGAAGAGAGACGCUUGUAAAAGGGACUGGUGGUUGUGUGAAUAAAGGUGUGUGCAUGUUUGUGGAAUGGAAUGGAACAAUGAUUCAAUCAGCAAUGGAAAUGGUAAAACGAGCAAGUAGAGACAAGCGAAUAUAAGAGUUAUAGGAAUAUACUGAAUGCUACAG